AUGGACAAUAUUUCGGCCACCGAGUCGCAGUGGCUGUCGCAGCUGGCAGCCAUGCGCCAGGCCAUCGCCGAUCUGAAGCUCCCCCAAGAGUUCCCGCAAGAACCGAUCGGAUAUGGAAGUGAUAUUGAUUUGGAUCUUGAUGACGACUACUCCUCACCUGGAACGGUUGAUGAUGUGUGGGAUAUCAUCAGCUCCGAUGAUGAAACCUCUGACGACACAGACGAUCUCGACCGGUUCGACGAAUUUCCUAUCGAACAAGAAUCCCUCUAUAACCGAGCAUGGCUGGAAGACAAGUGCCAGGACCUGGCUAUUCGGAGCCCUGGCAUGGAUGCGGCAGAAUUGUCCCAGCAAAUCAUCGCCACCUUAGCUGCUGACAGUAAUGACGAAGAACUACAGAUGUCUCUGGCUGAAAUUGUUGGAUUCGAUGAUCUGGAUCUGGUUAUUGAACUCAUUGCCCACAGAAGGGAGGUCUUAUCCGACAAAGGGCCUCGCGUGGAGACCCAGACAGAUGUACUUGCGGCCGGAAGGCUUCAAACUAGAUCGGAGAGAGAGCAUGCAUUGCGCCAACGCGACUUUGAACACAAGAAUGCGGCGUUGAUGCCGGCACAGAGUCGGUCAGAGCCUGCCUACCCACAUGUUUUCAAACAACAUAGUUCUGGAAACCUUCUUUCUGCCAGUGGCAAGAAAUACGGAUUGCCUCUGGGUAGCAAGCAGAUCGAAGAACCAAAGUACACUGAGUUCGAGAUCCCAGCUGGAAAAGUCGGAACCCUAGGGAAAGGCCAGAAAUUGGUUGAGAUUGCCAGCAUGGAUGGCCUGUGUCGCGGUACCUUCAAGGGUUACAAAACUCUGAAUCGUAUGCAGAGUUUGCUCUAUGAUGUCGCUUACAAAACCAACGAGAACAUGUUGAUCUGUGCCCCUACCGGUGCAGGUAAGACUGAUGCGGCUAUGUUGACUGUCCUUAACGCUGUUGGAAAGAACACCACGCCCAAUCCCUUGGAGAACCCAGAGGCUGCCGAAUUUACAGUUCAGGUUGACGACUUCAAAAUUGUUUAUGUGGCUCCGAUGAAGGCCUUGGCCGCCGAAGUGACUGAAAAGCUAGGAAAGCGUCUUGCAUGGCUGGGUAUCAACGUCCGCGAACUGACUGGUGACAUGCAGUUGACCAAGCGAGAGAUUGUUGAUACCCAAAUAAUUGUUACCACCCCUGAGAAAUGGGAUGUUGUAACAAGAAAAAGCACUGGAGACACUGAACUUGUCCAGAAGGUUCGCCUGCUCAUCAUUGAUGAAGUUCAUAUGUUGCACGAUGAACGAGGAGCGGUCAUUGAAUCCUUGGUCGCUCGAACCCAACGUCAGGUCGAAAGCACCCAGUCGUUGAUUCGUAUUGUUGGUCUAUCAGCCACGCUUCCGAAUUACACUGAUGUUGCGGACUUCUUGAAAGUAAACAAGAUGGCCGGCAUGUUCUUCUUCGACUCCUCAUUCCGACCAGUGCCUUUGGAGCAACACUUCAUCGGCGUCAAAGGAAAGCCAGGCUCUAAGCAGUCUCGUGAGAACAUUGACGGUGUUGCGUACGAAAAGGUUCGCGACAUGUUAGAGAGAGGUCAUCAAGUCAUGGUCUUCGUGCAUUCUCGUAAGGAUACCGUUAUGACCGCCAGGAUGCUCAAACAGCUGGCUGCCGAGGAGGGCCGUGAAGACUUGUUCAGCUGUCAUGAUCAUGAAAACUACUCCAACGCUCUCCGUGACAUGAAACAUGCGCGUGCUCGCGAAUUGCGAGACCUGUUUGCCAGCGGCUUUGGAACCCAUCAUGCGGGCAUGACCCGUAGUGACCGGAACUUGAUGGAACGCAUGUUCUCAGAGGGUCUCAUCAAGGUCCUUUGCUGUACUGCGACAUUGGCAUGGGGUGUUAACCUUCCAGCUGCCGCUGUAGUCAUUAAGGGUACCCAGUUGUACAAUCCCCAAGAGGGUAAAUUCAUCGACCUGAGCAUUCUUGAUGUCAUGCAGAUCUUCGGUCGUGCAGGUCGUCCUCAGUUCCAGGACACUGGUAUUGGUUUCAUUUGCACCACCCACGACAAGCUCAACCACUAUUUGUCUGCAGUCACUGCACAGCAGCCAAUCGAGUCUCGCUUCUCCAGUCGACUCGUGGACAACUUGAACGCUGAGAUUUCACUCGGAACUGUCACAUCUGUCCCCGAGGCCGUGCAAUGGCUCGGUUACUCAUACCUUUUCGUGCGUAUGAAGCGCGAGCCACGAAACUAUGGAAUCGAAUAUGCUGAGCUACGCGAUGACCCGAUGUUGGUUCAAAGACGUCGGCAGUUAAUUAUUCAAGCUGCACAGGUACUACAGAAGAGCCAAAUGAUCAUUUUCAAUGACAAAACGGAGGAUCUCAAAGCCAAGGAUGUUGGUCGUAUUGCCAGUCAAUAUUACGUUCUGCAGACCAGUGUCGAGAUCUUCAACGAGAUGAUGCGUCCUCGCUCUGGCGAAGCAGAUGUGCUGAAGAUGAUCAGUAUGAGUGGUGAAUUCGACAACAUUCAAUCCAGAGACAGCGAAUCGAAGGAGCUGCAGAGACUUAGAGAGGAAGUUGCGCAAACCGAAGUGGCGGGUGGAAAUGAUACACCACAUGCGAAGACGAAUCUUCUGUUGCAAUCAUACAUCUCCCGUGCUAAGAUCGAAGACUUCGCGUUGGCAUCGGACACUGGAUACGUUGCACAGAAUGCUGCACGUAUCUGUCGCGCUCUAUUCAUGAUCGCAUUGAAUCGCCGCUGGGGCUACCAAUGCCAGGUUCUUCUCUCUCUCUGCAAAUCAAUCGAGAAGCAGAUUUGGCCAUUUGAUCAUCCAUUCAGGCAGUUUGAUUUGCCUCAGCCUAUCCUCCGAAACCUCGACGACAAGCUGCCCACCACCUCAAUCGAGUCGAUGAGAGAAAUGGAGCCCGCUGAGAUUGGGCAGCUUGUUCACAACCAACGCAUGGGAUACACUCUGUCCAAGCUUUUGGAUAACUUCCCUACCCUUAGCGUUGAAACUGAAAUCGCCCCUCUCAAUCGCGACGUUCUUCGAAUUCGCCUGUCCAUCUACCCAGAGUUCACUUGGAACGACCGCCACCAUGGUGCAUCCGAAUCCUUCUGGGUCUGGGUUGAGAACUCGGAAACGUCGGAGAUUUACCACCAUGAGUACUUCAUCCUCAGUCGGAAGAAGCUUUAUGACGACCAUGAGCUCAACUUUACCAUUCCGCUGUCGGACCCGCUUCCCAGUCAAAUCUACAUUCGCCUGAUUUCCGACCGUUGGCUCGGUGCUGAAACUGUUACUCCGGUUUCAUUCCAGCAUCUCAUCCGCCCAGACACAGAGAGCGUGUAUACCGAUCUUCUCAACCUUCAACCAUUGCCCAUCUCGGCUCUGAAGAAUCCCAUUCUGGAAGAACUGUAUGGACAGCGUUUCCAAUUCUUCAACCCCAUGCAGACGCAGAUCUUCCACCUACUCUAUCACACACCGGCCAAUGUGCUUCUUGGUUCGCCCACUGGUAGUGGAAAGACUGUGGCAGCUGAGUUGGCCAUGUGGUGGGCAUUCCGCGAGAAACCUGGCUCCAAGGUUGUCUACAUUGCACCUAUGAAAGCCCUUGUUCGCGAGCGCGUUCAGGAUUGGCGCAAACGUCUCACUGGACCAAUGGGUUUGAAGCUUGUCGAGUUGACUGGUGAUAACACGCCCGAUACUCGUACUAUCCGCGAUGCCGACAUCAUUAUUACCACGCCUGAGAAGUGGGACGGUAUCUCGCGUAGUUGGCAGACCCGUGACUAUGUUAGAAAGGUUAGCCUGGUAAUCAUUGACGAAAUCCACUUACUGGGUGGAGACCGUGGUCCAAUCUUGGAGAUCAUUGUCUCCCGAAUGAACUACAUUGCAUCGCAAUCCAAGGGAUCCGUCCGUCUCAUGGGCAUGUCCACUGCGUGUGCGAAUGCCAGUGACUUGGCCAACUGGCUUGGUGUCAAAGAGGGCCUUUACAACUUCCGCCAUUCAGUCCGCCCCGUUCCCCUCGAGAUCUUUAUCGACGGAUUCCCCGAGCAGCGUGGUUUCUGUCCUCUGAUGCAGUCAAUGAACCGCCCGACAUUCCUCGCGAUCAAGAAUCACUCACCAGAGAAGCCCGUCAUUGUCUUUGUUGCGUCCCGUCGACAGACACGUCUCACUGCCAAAGAUCUGAUCAAUUAUUGUGGUAUGGAGGACAACCCUCGUCGCUUCGUGCGCAUGUCCGAGGAUGAUCUAGAAUUGAAUCUUGCACGAGUGAAGGACGACGCCCUGAGAGAAGCUCUCAACUUUGGUAUUGGUUUGCAUCAUGCUGGCCUGGUCGAGUCUGACCGUCAGUUGGCAGAGGAACUCUUUGCCAACAACAAGAUCCAGGUCCUUGUGGCUACCAGUACCCUUGCAUGGGGUGUCAACCUUCCCGCACAUCUCGUAGUUGUCAAAGGCACACAAUUCUUCGAUGCAAAGAUUGAGGGCUACCGUGAUAUGGACUUGACUGAUGUUUUGCAAAUGCUGGGUCGUGCUGGUCGUCCACAGUUUGAUACUUCCGGUAUUGCCCGCAUCUUUACCCAGGACUCCAAGAAGGCUUUCUAUAAGCAUUUUCUUCACACUGGCUUCCCCGUUGAGUCGACCUUGCACAAGGUUCUUGACAACCAUUUGGGCGCUGAAGUGUCGGCUGGAACCAUCGGUACGCAACAGGAUGCACUGGACUACUUGACCUGGACUUUCUUCUUCCGUCGCCUGCACAAGAACCCAUCUUAUUACGGUCUGGAGAUCUCCGCAGAAGAGCAGAACACUAUGGCAGCACAAGCCUCUGCUCAAGAGUUCAUGAUCGAGCUGGUUGGCAAGUCACUCAACGAUCUCGCUGAAUCGUCUUGUGUUCUUGUGGACUCUGCCACCGGCGAGGUCGACUCUACGCCUUUUGGCAAGAUCAUGAGUUACUACUAUCUAUCCCACAAGACGAUUCGGUACCUCAUGUCCCACGCCAAGCGUGACCCGACCUUUGAAGAUGUUUUGAGCUGGAUGUGUUCUGCAACUGAAUUUGACGAACUGCCCGUCCGUCACAAUGAGGAUCUGAUCAAUGCCGAACUCGCGCAGAAUCUGCCCCUUUCCAUCGACUGUAUGGGCGAUGUGCCUCUGUGGGAUCCGCACACCAAGGCUUUCCUGCUCUUGCAGGCUUAUAUGUCACGCAUUGACCUUCCAAUCACUGAUUACGUCGGUGACCAGACAUCCGUUCUCGACCAGGGCAUUCGUAUUAUCCAGGCAUCCAUCGAUGUCAUGGCCGAGCUCGGGUAUCUUCCCGCUUGCCUGAUGCUGAUGACUCUGCUUCAAUGCAUCAAAUCAGCUCGCUGGCCCGAAGAUCAUCCGCUGUCUAUCAUGCCAGGCGUCGGCACUGAGAAGCUACCCCAGGGCCUCCCUGGUACUCUGGUCUCGCUCUCUUCACAGCCCACUGGCACAGUCGUGGCUCUGGUCAAGAAGUUGCAGCUCCCGUACAACUUUACCCGGGCGGCCUCCCAACUCCCCCAGCUAUCUGUCUCAGUCUCGAGUGUUUCUGAAAAGGGUAUGACCGUGUCACUGGCACGACGCAAUGCCCCUACAAACCCCGAAUGCAGAAUUUACGCGCCUCGCUUCCCCAAGCCGCAGACCGAAGGCUUCUUCUUGAUUGUCUGCAGUGCGACACCGAAUGGCGGUGAUGGCGAGCUCCUUGGAUUGAAGCGUGUUUCCUGGCCUCCAGUCGCCAAGCGCAACGGACAUGGCAAUGGCAAGGGCAACUCUGGUGAUGGAUCUGGCCGAGGUGGACCUUCCGACAAGAACAAGGGUGGCUUGACUGUUCGCUCUUCUGUCAAAUUCCCCGAAGGCAUCCUCGCACAGUCCUCUUCAGCCACUACUGCCAACAAGGCCCGCGUCAAUAUCAAGGUUAUUAGUGACUCGUACGUCGGAAUGAUGUGGACGGUGUCCAAUGUUGAAGUUCAUCUCGACAGUAGUAUCGAGACACAGCUCGUUACCAAGCCAAGCGCUCCUGCGAAGGAAUGA